CCACCCAUCGUGGUAAACCAGCACCAUUACUACCUCGGAGGCCCGCCCCCUUCGCAAGCCCCUGAACCGCCGCGCACAGAAUUCUCGCCCCCGGGAAAGCUGAAUCUUGAACCGGCAGUAAACUGGGCCAAGGAGAUAUGUCAAGCAACAUGCGUCUCGCAGUUGAUAAACCAGUCGCGGCCACUGUGGAGUGAUUGCGGGAGUCAGCUGGUUGGCCAAGGCAACGCUGUGAUGGAUCAAGUAUCCAACCGCUUUGAUCAUGUGUUGACCAUGAUUGACCGGGGUAACUGCGAUGGGAAAGAGCAGGACUUGAUGGCCUGGGCGCCAAUGCAGUCACCCUCGCAAUCCGCGCCGCCCGGCGCCUCGGCUAGAGAGAAGGGCUUGCCCAAGGGAAGCCGGAAACCGCACAGUAAAGGCAAUCCCAAGGGGCAGACAACCGCAGCAGCAACAGUCGUGUCGGGGAGCAUCUUCUCAAGAGUCGAUCGCUACGCCAACUCAAGAUUGCCUAUGGAUUUGCCGCCUCUGAAACUAUACAUUUCUACCUAUCCACUGCUGUGCCUGGCAGCGCAGUACUCUGAACGUGUCUAUGACAAGCCGUCGGGCUCGGAGCGGCAUUUCCAUGUCGACGCGGACUGGAAGGCCGGCACCAAAGCCAUGGUCAUCAAGUCCAUGCCAAUGGACUACAUGAACACCAUUGUCUUUGCCAUUCGUGGAACCGCUAGUUUUAUGGAUUGGGCCGUGAACCUCAACAUGGAGCCCAAGUCUCCCGAGGGAUUUUUGGAUGACCCCGGAAACCUCUGCCAUGCCGGGUUCCUCUCUGUCGCCCGUAAAAUGGUGGCACCCGUGGCCCGCCGCCUGUGCAACCUGCUUGAGGAGGACCCCGGCCGCGCCUCGUACUCGCUGCUCAUCACGGGCCACAGUGCUGGCGGUGCAGUUGCAUCCCUCCUGUACAGUCACAUGCUCGCCAAAUCCAAGUCGGCCGAGAGCCAGCUGAAUGCGGUGGCCAGCUGCUUCAAGAGGGUGCAUUGCAUCACCUUUGGCACACCGCCGGUGAGCCUCAUGCCCUUGACACCGCCCAGGCCUCCCUCGAAAAAUUUGUUCCUCAGCUUCGUCAAUGAAGGGGACCCGGUGGCGAGGGCGGACAAGGCGUAUGUGAAGAGCCUUCUGGAGCUGUUUGUUGCGCCGGCGCCGCCCGUUCCCGCGGAAAAAGCACAAGUCGGAGGCAACAGCACCAAGAAGCCGCCCAAGGGGGACAAGAUGUUUAGCAGGCGCUCGGCGGCGGCUGGAGGCGGCUCGAAAACAAAGAGUGCGGGUCCGGUAUGGAAAGUCCCGCCGAACACGUUGAGCUGCGCAGGUCAGAUAGUGGUGCUGCGGACGGGUAGUCCGAAGGCACGACUCAGCGGGAAGAAGACAACAGUGGAAGAGCGAAUACAAGAAGGCGUGGUAGCGCAGCUGGCGACAGACGAGCAGCUCCGUACCGUCAUUUGGGGAGAUCCCGUCAGCCAUAUGAUGAAGCUCUAUGCUGGGAGGAUCGAGACGCUUGCUGUUAACGCCGUCAUCGGGCAGGGA